AUGUCAGUUCAAUAUCUUGGCGCUUUGCGGAAAACAAAUGCGGAAAACUUUAUGUCGGACAGACAGACGGAUGGUAUGAUGGGCGGACGGAUGGACAUGCAGAUAGACGGAGACAAAACCUAUAGUUCCCUCCGGCCUGACCGGAACCCCAUGGAGAGUACCUGGAUAUCUAUAACAAAGGUAGACUGGAAGUGGAAGUGGGAUGGAGUCACAGCAGCCCCCUUCACUAACUGGGCGAAAGGUGAACCGUGGUCGACAGAAGGUUCCCCCAAAUGGAUUAACCACGCCUCCAUGCAAGGACUUGAACUCGGCAACACCUGGAAACCGACUGGAUCCUGGGCCAAGUGGCCACCGAUUGCCUUUGUCUGCAAGGCCAAACCCACUAGCCCACGAUCUACGUGUGCUGACAGAAAGACGAACUGCGCAUCUGAAAUCCAAGAGCUGCCCACGAUAUGUCAGGAUUACGUCACAUUCGCCUGGCAACAGUGUCCCAAAUCAUGCGGCGUCUGUGAUCAAGACUCAGCUGGAACAUGCAGCGUCCCCAGUGACGGUGCUAACGUCGUCAAGGUGAAGGGCGGGUCAGAGUUAAAACAGGGAGAGGCCGUCACGUACAAAUGUCAGAACGGGUUCGGCUUGUCGGGCGGAAACCUGAAACGCGCAUGUCUUGAUGGCCAGCUGACAGGAAGUGAACCUGUAUGUGUCGAUAUCAGCACACUAGUCACACUGACAAGUCAUGUGGAGCUGACCAAACGGAGCUUUGUGCCCGGUAACUACAAGAUCUACAUCGGCGGUGGAGAAGAGUUCCAGAUCUCCAGGUCAGGGGAGAUAACCAAGUUCGAGUUCUUCAGUGUGUUGCCUGGGAACUGUCUGUUACAGGUGUAUCGACCCGUCGGAGGGGAGACCUCAACAAUGACUCUCGUCGCUAACUACAUGGUCUCAACGAACGCUGACCGAUCGGAAGUGUUCCACGUUGCCAAGGGCGACAGGGUGAAGGUCGAGCCAGGUGACCGCCUUGCCUUGUGGUACGACUACACCCGCGGCGGCAUCUGUUACGACGCCUGUACGGACACCACCAAGACCGGCCUACAGUCGUCUGGCUACAUCUACUGGUCGAGCAACUUCAACGUGGGAAACGACUACGAGUUUGUUGCCAACACCAAGUGCCAGACGUUUUCCUUCAGGGCAGUUAUUGGCCCCGCCAGUUAAAGUUUGAUGAAUCGCACGACGAAUGACCACGACCGCCCACCACUACUCUGAUUGGCUCUUCUAGCCGUCCGUCAACGGUCACGUGUUGACCCCAUUCCACCAACACUGUCAUGUUGAAUCGUUAUUGAACUACAAUUGAUUUUACACAGUGUCGUAUUGACAGAAACAUACAG